AUGAAGGCGGGGUUCCUAGACGAUGACGAUGAUUCCGACAAGGAGAACGAGGAUGAUGAGCCAGUCUCUAAGAAGCUCAUGCUAAAGGAUCCACGAGAAGACGCACUUCAGGAGAUACGGCAAACCGGGUCGAGAGAAGGCAUGCAGGCGAUGAGGAACGAUGAUUCCAUGGAAAUCCCCGAUGCCCAACCUGCAGAGAGUCUUCUCACCACGGAAGAAACCCGCUAUGAGCUACUAUUCGGAACUUCGCAAGCUGACAGUUUCGUGCCAUCGAGGCUACCAAGUGCUCCAAGGGUGUCGAGUUACAGGCUCUCUACUUGCAGCGGCAAGUCCCUCCCAAUUCGACAGCGGAAGGCCACCACGGCCGUUUCGUACGAAAGCAUGGUGGCUGCUCGGUCAAGAACCAAAGAAGGCAGAGCCAAACGCGCUUACUAUGGCAUCGAUAUACACAGACUGAUGGACAACGCUGCAAAGGAGGCAUCCGCAAAGGCGGAGGCGAAGGCGACUGCUCAAGGCGCGUCAAACAAGCCCAUUCAGUCACUAGAGGAAUCCCAUGCUGGUGGUAAGCGGUCAAAACGGUCGCUACUAUGGACUGAGAAGUAUCGUGCUCGAAACUUUACGGAUCUUGUUGGUGACGACCUUACGAAUCGCCAAGUUCUUCGUUGGCUUAAGCGAUGGGAUACCCUUGUCUUUCCGCACGCGGUGAAGGAAAGGCCCCACACCUCACGGCGACCAGGGGCUAGUACUCAGCAAGAAGAAGAGAAGCCACACCGCAAGAUUCUCAUGCUUACUGGUCCGCCAGGUCUGGGCAAGACCACCCUGGCUCAUGUCUGCGCGCGUCAGGCGGGAUACGAGGUAUUGGAGAUCAAUGCGAGCGAUGAUCGAAGCCGAGAUGUCGUGAAAGGUCGCAUCAGGACCAGCUUGGGAACUGAGAGUGUGAAGACUGUCGAGCAGGUCAAGCCAGCACCAGGCAAGAAGCAGAAGAUUGCUCGUCCCGUGUGUGUCGUGGUGGACGAAGUCGAUGGCGUUGUCACAGGCUCAGGUGGCUCUGGCGAGGGCGGGUUCAUCAAAGCUUUGAUUGACCUAAUCAUGCUCGACCAGAAGAAUGCCUCAACUUCCAGUGGAGGUUCAUCCGCCAUCCAGCGGCGAAAGAAGAAAGGCGAUGACUUUCGUCAGAUGAGGCCCCUGAUAUUGAUCUGUAACGAUGUCUACCAUCCGUCAUUGAAGCCGCUACGACACUCUGGCCUGGCAGAGAUCAUCCACGUCGGUAAGCCGUCAAUAGAUGCUGUCGUCACUCGCCUUAAGACGGUCUUCGAGAAGGAAGGCAUCCCCUGUGAGAAAGAUGCUGCUCGCAAGCUGUGUGAAGCAGCCUGGGGCAUGAGCAGUGGCAUCGAUGCAAAGAAGGGGGCUGAGAGCGCUGUCGAAGGCGAUCUCCGUGGAGUGAUGGUCGUUGGGGAAUGGGUCGCCACUCGGCUGAAAGCAACAGUAACCGAUGGCUCUCUUUUCCUCACACGGCAGUGGAUCGAGAAGAACGUCAUGCACGACCUUGCUCAUGGCGGCGGCGGCUCAAGAGGGUUGGGACGUGGCAGCGUCAAGGAUAUUGUCACUCGCAUCUUCCAAGAUGGAGCCGGCUUUCCCAAACAAGCCGAUGUUAAUGUCGAGUCAAAGAACACACAUCACGAGCAGCCCCAAACCCAGCUCGGCUUCGCUGAGCACCACAAAAAGUAUGCCAUGGGCCGGUUACGAGAGAUGAUAGAGACUAGCGGGGAUGUGGAUCGUAUCAUGACUGAGGUCUUUUCUGAGUACCCUAACCGAGAGUUCAACGACGACUCAUAUUUGACGAAGCCUGAUACGGCGUAUGAGUGGAUGCACUUCCACGAUGCCUGUUCUUCUCGUCUCUACUCAAGCCAGGAGUGGGAACUUGCUCCCUAUCUAAGCCAGCCAGCUCUCGCAUGUCAUCACCUCUUCGCUGCACCCAUUCGACGCUAUGCAAAUGCAGGCUACGAAAAACAAUGGCGUACUGCCGAGGGGGAUGCCAAUGCAGACUCUACUCCGCUUCCUUUCACAGGGCCUCGAGCAGACUUCUCCGCAUAUGAGAUGGAGAAACAGAAUCGGUCUGUGCUGCAAAGCAUUCAGUCGAACCUGCCUCCAUCUCUGGCUAGGUCGUUCCGAAGUCCAGAGCAUGUUGCCACGGACUUUCUGCCGUACCUAGUACGACUUGUUUCGCCAGACGUCAAACCCGUCGUUGUCGGUGGCAGCGGCGACAAGGGUAUUUCUGUUGCUAGUGUCCGCCGAGAAGGCGAGAAGAUCAUGGUCCACCGAGCCGCGGAGGUACUAGCUGAGGUCGGCAUAUCUCUAGUCAAGGGAAAGAUCGAGGAAGCGAACCCGUCCAUGGCGAACAGAACUCAAUGGGUGUACAGAAUGGAUCCUGACUUAGAUGCACUCUCAGCAUUUGAGACGGCAGGAGCACACGUAUUAGCCACACAAGCCCCUACCCGCUACGCUGUACGACAAGUCCUCGAUCAAGAACUCCACAAAACCAUAGCUCUACGCGAAACCGCGGCCCGUCAAGCUCGCUUCAAGGCUGGCAAUCCAUUCGGUGCUGGCUAUGAUGAGUUCGUUGUAGACGAGAAGGAAAACGUCAGGAAAUGGGAAGCUGAGAAGAAGCUCCUCUCCAGCACCAGCGUGAAGAAGGACUUCUUCGGCCGCAUCAUUCAGGAGAAGCCUCGCCCGCUGCAAGAUUUAGAUGUUAAUAGCAGCGAAAAGCGGCCAAGAACAGCAGAGAAACCAGCGGCGAAGGUUUGGGUGACGUUUCAUGAAGGAUUGAAUAACGCUGUGAAGAAGCCAAUAACGUUGGAUGAGUUUCUACGAGGCUUGUAA